UAGAAUCUCUGAUAUUUGUUCAAGCCAACUCUAAUGGCUCUCGAUCAAUGGCUGAAGGACUUAGGCUUCAAGCCUUCCUUGGUUUUAGCGACCAUCUUUGUAGCAAUGGUCCUCAGGUUUCUACCGAAGGAAAAACAAAGGAAAAAAUACCUCAAUCUCCCACCAGGGCCUGGAAAGUUGCCCUUCAUUGGCAACCUUCACCAGCUGGGUAACAUGCCUCACAUAUCUCUCCACCGGUUGGCUCACAAGUAUGGUCCAAUCAUAUUCUUACAGCUUGGUCAGAUCCCAACUGUUGUCAUUUCUUCCUCUAAUUUGGCUAAGCAAGUGCUCAAAGCCCAUGAUCUUGCACUCUGUAGCCGACCUCAACUAUAUUCAGCCAAAUACCUAUUCUACGAUUGCACUGAUAUUGCGUUCGCCCCUUACGGUGCCUACUGGAGGAAUAUUAGGAAAAUUUGCAUACUGGAGCUACUCAGUGCCAAGCGAGUCCAAUCAUUUGGCUAUAUCAGAAAAGAAGAAGUUGCCCGUUUGGUUGCUCGGAUCGGAGAGUCUUAUCCUGACACCACCAAUCUAAGCAAGAUGAUUGGACUAUAUGCAAAUGAUGUCCUUUGUAGGGUGGCUCUUGGAAGGGACUUCUCACGAGGAGGGGAGUAUGAUCGGCAUGGCUUCCAGAAGAUGCUCGACGAUUACCAAGCGCUGCUUGGAGGAUUCAGUCUUGGAGACUAUUUUCCUUCCAUGGAAUUUGUGCACAGCUUAACAGGAAUGAAGUCUAAACUCAUCAACACCUAUAGACGUUUCGAUCAGUUCUUCGAUGGGGUCAUUAAUGAACACCGUAAUAAUUCCGAGGGAAAACUAGAGGAGCAGAAGGACCUUGUAGAUGUCUUACUUGAUAUACAGAAGAAUGGAUCUUCUGAUAGUGAUACGCCUCUUACCAUGGAUAACGUUAAAGCUGUGAUCUUGGACAUGUUUGCUGCUGGAACUGAUACAACUUUCAUAACGCUUGAUUGGACAAUGACAGAGCUGAUCAUGAAUCCCAGAGUCAUGGAAAAAGCACAAGCUGAAAUAAGAAGCAUUGUUGGGGAGAGAAAAGUUGUGCAAGAGAGUGAUCUGCUUCAGUUUCACUAUAUGAAAGCUGUGAUCAAAGAGAUCUUCCGAUUACAUCCUCCUGUCCCAGUUUUAGUCCCAAGAGAAUCCUUGGAAGAUGUUGUGAUUGAUGGGUACGAUAUCCCAGCCAAAACACGAAUUUAUGUCAAUGUCUGGGCAAUGGGAAGGGAUCCAGAACAAUGGGAAAAUCCAGAAACAUUUCAACCAGAAAGAUUUAUGGGCAGCAGCAUAGAUUUCAAAGGGCAGGGUUUUGAAUUGAUACCUUUUGGAGCUGGUAGAAGAAGCUGCCCAGCUAUCACAUUUGCAACAGCAACCGUUGAGCUUGCUUUAGCCCAACUUCUCCACAGCUUUGAUUGGGAGCUCCCUCCUGGAAUAAAAGCUGGUGAUAUAGAUAAUACUGAAGCUUUUGGCAUCUCAAUGCACAGGAUAGUUCCUCUGCACGUCAUUGCCAAAACACGCUUCCAGUAAGGCAGCAAUAAAGAAGACUAUAGCGAUUCUUCUUCUUGUAAAGUAUUAUAAGAACUGAAGAUAAGCUAUGCAAGUUUUCGAAUGCAUAAAUAAAGAAUUGGCUUAUCUUGAUCGGUGCAAA